AUGCCGUUGUCGGAUAUAUCCAGUACUCGUGAACCCAGUGAAUUUAAAACAGAUUCUGGCUCUGACUUCCAUCCACCUUCUGAUGCUGAGUCUUCUACAACUAGGGAAAGCUUCACAGAAAUUGGACUUGUGGAACCUGGAUCAAGUAGGGGUAAAAAACGCAAGAAAAAUAAUUUAGUUUGGAAAAGAUCUAAGUCUAAGUUGGAAAGAAAUUCAGGAAAAUCAUAUUUGAAUUCUCGUGGUAGAAUUGUGUCUAAGAAACAAUUUUUUCAUGGAGUUUGCAGCUGUCCACGAAAGUGUCAUUUGUUGGUAUCUCUUGAAGAAAGAAAAAAUAUUUUCCAUAGUUUCUACAACUUAUCUGAUUUUAAUUUACAGACUGCUUACAUUAAUACACAAGUAAAUGUUGUCAAUAAAGGUCGACAUAUAGCAGCUCAAAACCAUAGUAAACGUCCUAAGACACGAAUUUAUUCAUCACCGAAAGAAUCAAGUGAUAUGAUGCUAAACAGAUACAACACUGCAGGUUUACGUCGAAAUAUUCGCCAAGACAAAGCUGAAAUCCUCAACAUAACUGAAGGAGAUGAUGAAAAUAUGGCCAAAAAAAAAGACUUAUUUCUACUGUCCAAGCAACAAAAGGCGCAUGACCACCAACUAUUGUAA